CCCUGUUGCAGCUGAAGCCGGAGCGGCGCGCCAGCUUCCUCCUCCAGCGGCGUCGGCUUCCUCGCAUCGGGGCCCCCGGGGCCAGAGCGCGCAGGCAGGACGCAGGACGGAGGCCGCCAUGGCCCACUCGCCGGUGGCCGUGCAGGUGCCCGGGAUGCAGAACCACAGAGCAGAUCCUGAGGAACUUUUCACAAAACUGGAGCGCAUUGGGAAAGGUUCGUUUGGAGAGGUCUUCAAAGGGAUCGAUAAUCGGACGCAGCAUGUGGUUGCCAUAAAAAUCAUAGACCUUGAGGAGGCUGAAGAUGAAAUAGAGGACAUCCAGCAAGAGAUAACUGUUCUAAGCCAGUGCGACAGCCCCUACGUAACGAAGUACUACGGUUCAUACUUAAAGGGCACAAAGUUAUGGAUAAUAAUGGAAUACUUAGGAGGGGGAUCCGCGCUGGAUUUGCUCCGUGCUGGCCCAUUUGAUGAGUUUCAGAUUGCUACAAUGCUAAAGGAAAUCUUGAAAGGUCUUGACUAUCUUCAUUCAGAGAAGAAAAUCCACAGAGACAUAAAAGCUGCCAACGUGUUGUUGUCCGAGCAAGGAGACGUUAAGCUUGCAGAUUUUGGCGUUGCGGGACAACUGACCGAUACGCAGAUUAAGAGGAACACCUUCGUAGGCACCCCGUUUUGGAUGGCCCCUGAAGUCAUUCAGCAGUCAGCCUAUGACUCAAAAGUAAGAUGCAUGGAACCGGUUUGUGCUCAGGGUGAUCCAUUACUUUUCCUCAGGGAUCCUGGGUCCAAGCCAUGAAGGAAUUUAAAGGUAAUGACUGCACUAAGCUGUGCGUGGAAACAAAUUGACGCUUUGUGAUUCUUGCAGCGUCCGACAGCAAAAGAGCUCCUGAAGCACAAAUUUAUUCUGAAAAAUGCCAAGAAGACUUCUUACCUGACGGAGCUGAUUGACAGAUUUAAGCGAUGGAAGGCGGAAGGGCACAGCAGUGACGAGACAGACUCCGACGGUUCCGAUUCUGAGUCCAGCAACAAGGAGAACAAUUCUCACCCAGAGUGGAGUUUUACUACAGUUCGGAAGAAACCCGACGCCAAGAAACUGCAGAACGGAACAGACCAAGAUCUUAUGAAAACCCUGAGCUGUUUAACAGUGAUCAUCGCACCUGUAUUUGCUGAGCUUAAGCAGCAGGAUACAAACAACGCUAGCAGGAAGAAAGCAAUCGAAGAGCUUGAAAAAAGCAUCACUAUGGCCGAAGCAGCCUGUCCAGGCAUCACGGAUAAAAUGGUGAAGAAACUGAUGGAGAAAUUUCAGAAGUUCUCCGUUAACGACGCCUCCUAAGAAAUGAUUGGUGAUGCAGUCCCACACGGACCCGGCAGAGCCCGCCAGAACCUACUAUAACCUUGGCAGCGCUUUGUUCAUGAGCUCCUUGUGCCUUUUUGGAUCAUUGCAACAUAUUUGACGAUCGGGGAUUGGCAAGGACUGAACUCCACUAUGUUGUGAUGGGUGUACACGCUUUUUUUGUAUUUUCAGGACAUUCUUUUUUGUAAAGAGCAACUUUUAAUAUUGUAGUUUUCACCUAUAAUCCAGUUAAGAGAAAAACAAAAACAGUGAGGUACAGUUUUGCUUCUAAACAUAACGAGGGGCUUCCCAGUUGCCAAGUUCCACGUGCAGGCUCUGGGGUGUCCACACCCCUCUACUUGAGGUCACGGAAAGUACGUGUGUUUCAACAUGUUGUGACUCUCCGAAGAAGUCUGGUUGCCGUCUUCUUUCCCCUCCUCCCUCCCUCCCUCCCUACCGUUCUUUCUCCUUAGGUCUGCAUCAGUUGCAACUCCUCUAAGGCAGAAAGGCCAGGCUUCAAAACGCUUUUCCACCAGAACAGGUGUGCAGGCACUUGCAGAUGCCACAUCACCCCCGUCUUCACUGAGCCCUGUGAUCAACACUGCCCGCUGUUUGGGGGAUUGGUACAGUAUUCUGGGUAGCUCUGGCUCGCCUCCACUUGAGAGCAACGCGUCAGCUUAGGGUACCGUUUGUUGCAUCACCUUCUCGAGCAGGAUUCCACGUAGCCAUUCAUCACAGUAGGACAUUUUGAAGCAAUACUGUUUGAAGGGCAGGGGGCCUUUGGCAAUAAUGGACACGAUCCGGCUUAAUUUAAACGUUUGUUCCUCAUUUCUUCCUUUCUUGUUAUUUUAAGGAAACGGAGGGAAGGUAACUCAUUUUGUCUUUGGGGUGGGGACCUGGGAGGAUACCAUGGCAUGCGAUAAAUACAGCGCAAGCAGGUGUAGCUGUGUGACACCAGCGUUUUGUGUGCUGGUGUUUUUCCUGUAAGGUAUUUAUACACUUAUGUUCUUAAAGUACAUCACAUACAGUGCAUCACCAUAUGUUUUAACUUCCUCUACCCCAAAGUGUAUUUUAAAUAUGUAUUUACCAGUUAAUAUGCAAAUAACUGAGUUAUAGAUAUUCUUUCACAAAAAGAUAGUACUGUGCAGUACGGAGUGAUUUUUUUUCAUAAAAGGUAGAUAAAAUUAUAAACUUGCUUUCAACUAUAUAUUUAUGGUACUGUUUAGAUGGGGAUAAUAUCUUUUUUUCCUUUUCAACCCGGUAUGUAUAUUAUGCUGAAGUUUGAAGUGGGGUAGUAUUUUAGUCCUUAGCUGUGGAAUUGUUGGUGUAAAUUUAUUUUUGAUAAAACUCUGGAUGUGUUUAAUUUUAUAGUUUGGAUCUGCACAUUUUGUUUUUGCACAAAAGUCAUUUUAAAGGAUUUGAAAUAUAUCUGCCAAAUACUGAAAAGAGUUAAUGGAGUGCAAGCAAAUAUUGAUUUUUUUUUUUUAGUUAAAAGUUGCCAUUACAUCCUUUUUUAAAAAGAAAAAAGUUAUAAAGACACUGGCGAGAGACGGUGGUUAGAAAUGCCAAGGGCAAUUAUUUUCAAUGGUGCCUACACUGUAAAAAAAUUACUUUUAACUCCUUUGUUUUAAUUUUAAAGAAAAGUUUGUUAAAAACUUUCAUCGCUAUAUAACUGAAACGCAAUUAGAAUUUAUAUCUGAGGAAAAAAGUCUGGACAUAGUUUUUGAAAACAAUAAUGUUAUGGAUUAAAUAAAAUAUUUUUAUAAAUGUAAAA